AUGAAACGCUGGCUUGUUCCCUUGUUCAUUGUCGAGGUUGUCCCAGCAAAGAUUCGCGGCAUGCUUGGUUCCGGCUACAUGAUCGGCCGCCUUCUCGGCACGAUCAUCAUUAGCUGUGUAUCGUUUUCCACGUCAACAUGGCCGAGCAAUUCAUCCUGGAAGACGCCGAUCGCUGUACUGUUUUCUAUUUCCAGUUUGAUGAUUCUGGGAACCGUAUUCGUCCCAGAGUCGCCCCGCUGGCUGUUGGUGAAGGAACGAUAUGAAGAGGCACUCGUGAAUCUUCAAGGUCUAAACGACGGCAGAGCUGACUUUGACGGUGAAUUCGAACUUGCUGCUAUGAAGGCGAACUUAGAGCUGCACACAGAGAAAGGUUGCUGGGCGGACUUAUUUCGCGGCGACAAUCUUAGGCGGACUACUAUUGCUUUGCUUCCGCCUUUCUUCUCUCAGGCGACUGGCCAAGCGUUUGCCAAUGUCAAUGGGACAAUAUUUUACAAAAGUCUCGGCACCAUAAACCCCUUCGUCUUCACCAUCAUCUCUCAAGGCUCCGGGCUGAUAGGAUCUCUAUCGUUUAUGCUCUUGGUUGACCGAGUUGGUCGCCACUUCUUUUGGAAAACCUUGGUGCCGCUGGGAGGCGUCUCCAUGAUGAUUCUUGGAGGGCUCGGAACCAUACGAGAUCCGUCACAGCCUGAGAAGCUAGCCACAGCUUGCAUGCUGUCACUAUCUGGAUUCUCUUUUCUAGGUUCUCUUGCACAGCUGGCCGCCAUCACCCCUGCUGAAGUUCCCUCGCCUCAUCUUCGCGGCAUAACUGCUAUGAUGGCGUGGACCGUAAACAAUUUUGCCAACUUUGUCGCCACGUUUACUUUGCCAUACCUCAUGAAUUCUGGGUAUGGUAACCUCGGACCCAAAGUGGGUUUUAUAUAUGGGUCGUUCAGUUUUAUCAGCGUUGUUUGGGGCUUCUUCUACUUCCCCGAGAUGAAGGGGAAAACUCUCGAUGAGGUCGACAUGAUGUUCCGCGCCAGAGUACCUGCGAGGAAGACUAGCUCUUGGAAGAGCGAAGGAUAUAUUGAUGCAGUCAGUGGUGGCAAGGUUGAGGACUUUUAG